AUGGGAGUGAGCUGCCACACUACACCACCACCACACACCACAUCGCACCACCACCGCACACAGAUUCGCGCUGCCACCAACUAUUCGCACGACACAACCUCACCUACCGCCCACCAACUGCACGACAAAACCUCCACCGCCAACCCUGCUCCUCUAGCUGUGCUCGGUGAACCUCAUAUUCGCCGUUCCGUGAAGCAGCAUCCGAUACUAUUCCGGGUAUUAAGGAGUGCAGUGAAAAUGGCGACUGUUCCAGGACAGCUGAUAUGGGAGAUCGUGAAGAAGAACAAUUCGUUUUUGGUGAAGGAGUUUGGGAACGGAACUGCCGGAGUUGUGUUCAGCAAGGAGCCCAACAAUCUCUACAAUCUCCACUCCUACAAGCAUUCUGGGUUGGCAAACAAGAAAACAGUGACAAUUCAACCUGGCAAGGAUCAGUCAGUGCUGCUUGCAACAUCAAAGACCAAGAAACAGAACAAGCCUGCCAGUGUGCUUAACAAGUCUGUCAUGAAGAAAGAAUUUAGCAGUAUGGCAAAGGCUGUUUCAAAUCAGGUGGCGGAUAACUAUUACAGACCAGAUUUGAAGAAGGCGGCUCUUGCAAGAUUGAGUGUUGUGCACAGGAGCCUUAAAGUUGCCAAAUCUGGUCCGAAGAAGAAGAACAGGCAGGCUUAA